AUGAAGCUCGCAGCACAAAGUCCAUACGCAACUCAAAUGCAAUACUAUUAUCCUUAUUACAACACACUGCAAGGAGGAAUGUAUUACCUUGAUGGUAGCGGACGGGUACAAAGACAAAUUGUGGCUGAGGAAGAUUUGGAAACUGAACCUUUGAAUCUUGGAAGCAAAGUCGGAAAAUUUGUCUUGAAAUCAAUUGGACUUGCCUUUGAUAUCGUCAAAGCAGUGACCACUGGACCUUAA